AUAAACGUCUGAUAAGUCCCAUGUUUCAAAUAACACCGAAAAUAUCAAAAAAUGUUUCCAAUCGUUAAAUCUCCAUCGAUCUUUAAACCAAAGUCACAAUUCAUCAGAACUGUAUACGGUUACUGGAGAAUAGGAUGCAGAGAUGUCGUGGGCCACGGCAUUAAUGGCUCUGCUAGCUACAAAGACGAUGCUCUGUUUCCAUUUCCAGCGAUCCGGUUUAAAGAAAAUACAAGAGACAUUUGUGCUCUAAGAGAAAAAGAGAGAGGUGACUGGCGACUGUUAUGUUGUGAAGAGAAGAAAGAAUUGUACCGUGCCUCCUUCUGCCAGACGUUCGCAGAAUUCAAGGCCCCGACGGGACAAUGGAAAUUUAUCAUGGGCUGGGUCUUCAUAUGCACGUCCUUUGCUUUCUGGGCGUCUAUUUUCUGUCAUUACUAUGUAUUCGAGCCACUACCCAGCUCGUUCUCAAAGGCGUCACAGAAAGCACAGCUGCGUAGGAUGCUGGAGCUACGUGUCAAUCCCAUAGACGGUAUCUCCUCUCAGUGGGACUAUGACAACGAUCGGUGGAAGUGAUGCGGUAUGAAGAUGUUUAAUUUAUG